AUGCCUGUCGCAACAGUCUCCAUUAACCCCUUUAAUCCGGCAUGCUUAGAUACAAGCUGUCUGAACCAGGUUGUUGGCCUCUCUGGCAAUGACGCGGCCGUGCAGUUCUCGUCUUGUGUGGCCCAGUUCGGGUCGCCUGUCGUGUCGACUGUAACGCCCACCGAGACGGUCUUUGCCACUGCUACCACGACUGUUGAAUACAUCGAUGUCAUCGUGUCGUUUACCACCGCCACGUCAACGUUAGAGGAGACCUUGACCUCGUAUGAUAGUCUUGUCCAGACGGCAACCGAGUACACCACUACAAAUGUCGUUACCGUUUCGACCACCGUCACUGCCAGCCCUGCCCCACCCGUUGGCAAGAAAAUGCGCAAACGCAGGGGGUGCACGAGAAAGUCGUCGUCGUCAACUGUGAGCCAAGUCGAGACCGUCACGACGACUGAGCCGUCAACUACCGAGACUGAGACCAUCAUCUCGACAUUGCUGGCGGCUUCCGUCUCCUCAGACGAAGCCGAAUACUCCUCCGCCUGCUCCUGCAUCGGCGCCGUAGGCGACAUCACCGAGACGGUCACCGCCACCGCCGACAUCUCCACCUCGACCCUCUACGAAACAGUCAGCAGCGCCACCCCCUCCGUUUCGGAAUCAGUGAUCAACGUCGUCGUCACCACCGUGCUCGUCAAGCCCGCAACCGUAACCACCACCACAACCGUCAGCACCAACCUCCAAACCACAACAACAGUAACAAACAUCAUCCAGCCAACCCAGCAGAGCAAGCUCGUCCUGAACAACGGCCCCCGUCAGGGGAGAUACCUCACCAUCGUCAAUGGCUAUUUGCAGUACGACAUCAACAAUGUUGGCGCGGCAGUGGCGGCGGACUUUGGGUUUACGUCCAGCGGACAGCCUUGGUUGGUUUCCAACCCGGAUAUUAAGCUGUAUUCCACCCAGACCAGCGCGCAGGUUGGCGUGUUGUAUAUGGAGACGGACGCGCAGGCUGCGAGUAAGGGGGAUCCGAUUGUGACGUGCAAUGUGGAUGGGAAUGGGAUCAUGAGCUGCGGGAUUCCUGAGAGGGGGUUUGGGGUGGUUUUUAGCUGUGGUGCUUAUUUGUAUGUUGCUAGACCGACUUGGUCGCAGUCGGGGUGUACGGCGGUUACAUUUAGGAUUGUAUAA